UCGAAUAAUAGUCUCGCGUAUUGUGGAGAAUUAAGUUGCAGGCCGUAGCAGCAGCUCACUCUAGUAACGCGGACUAACUAGAAAACAUUGAGUUGGCCAAACGGCGUUGGUCUAAAAAAGUGUGUAUAGAUACUUGAAAAAGUGCAAAAGAAGAAGUGAAGUAAUUUUUCUUUUCUUUCAUUGACUUGUGUGUAAUUUAAUUGUAUUUCUAUAUACAUACAUAUUUUUUUAAUGGAAUUGCUUAAAAUGCAUUAGUGAAUUUUACUAAAAUUUAGUUGGAGACUUUACAAAAAGAUUGUGCAAAAGUUUUUUUUUUUAAUUUCUACGAAAUAUUACGCAUAUAAAAAAUUCUGCUAAACAUUAAAAAAUCAACUAACAAUUUCAAACGUAACUGACAACCCGUUUUAUUCACCACAACAACAACCUCCACACUCAAAUAUCUCAACUAAGUUUUGCUCCAAAUUGAGCCACUAAAAAUGGAACGAAAAAAACGUAAACUCGAUUACUCAACCAGCAAAGAGUAAAACUACCGAGCCAAGCCUUCCAAUGAAAGCUCCCAUAAAAAGCACACAUUUGGUAAGAGCAAAUACAUGAGCAGCCAACCAACAACAAUAACAACGAAUAAACAAACAAAUAUACGUCCGAUGCCGAGCCUCCCACCCAAAAAUAGACGUGCAAAAGUCAAGUAAAACAAGAAGCGUGUGAGAGAGUACACACCUGCAUGCGCCACAUCAGCUGCGCCGUAAAGUAUGCCAUAAUCGCAUACUUACACGUAUAUUGCAUGCCAACUACCAACCAGCUAGCUAACGGCAUUACUGAGCACUUUUGCAAGCGGCACUACAAUUUGAGUACGCGAACCGUGUGGAACAACUAAACGGGCAAGCCGCGCAUAGCAGCGUGCUGAAGAAAAAAAAUUUUGCAAGUUGCAAUAAAUAGUGCAAAAUAGAAAAUAGAGGAAGCAUAAGAUCUAAAGUAGAAAACACAAAGUGAAAAAAAAGAAAUAAAAAAUAAUGUAUAAAUAAAAUAAUUUGCAAACAUUGUGAUGUAAAGUGGCAAACAAUUGCUAAAAAUAACAGCGAUUUUUUUUUCUAGGUUUGCAUAACGCCUAAAAGUGUACUAAGCACAAUUUGUGACAAGAAAAAAAAAAGAAGAAACAAAAGAAAAAAAUGAUUUAAAGAAUAAGUCCAGCAGAAUUUGUGAAAAGAAAGCUUGGUUAAAGUAAAGUGAAUUUUUCUUUCCUUGCUGCGUAAAUUUGUGUGCUUAAGUGUGUGUGUGUGUGUGUGUGUAUGUGCUUGCACUCUUGCCAGUGUAGCGCAGCAACGUAGUUGACGACUGGCGGCCAGUAAACGCCGUCGCGGAACACGCAACACAACGUGAGAAGAAAAGCGAACAUUUCAAAUGGGUUUUUCAAAAUUAAAAAAAUAUUAAGGAGAAUUUAAAGUGGUAAAUAAUGGCAAUAUAUAGAACAAACUUUAAAAUAAACUAGAGCUCAAAAAAAUAGUGUAGCUUAAGAUAAUUUUUAAAAGCUACGAAAUUUCAAAACUGACCGACGCUAUUUUAUUUCUCAAAAACAAACAAAAAAAUAUAGGUAACAACAAUUUUGAAGACCCCCAGUAACUAUGGAAAAAACGCAACUUUCAAUUUUCUGCUAUAAAAAUGGCUUAAACUUUGUAAAAAAUAAUUAUAUAGUGAAACUGACAAAAUAAAAAAAUAUAUAUAAUUUUAUUAAUUUAAACGAAGAAGAAAAUGUUUUAAAAAUUUGUGAAUAAUACAGCAUACACACGCGUAAGAAAACAUACAAAAUAAGCACUGGAAGAUUUUGAAAUUAAAUAUGUUUAAAUAAAUUAACUUAAAACACACAAAAUUCAAUGAACAACGAUUAUAACGGUUUAUCAGCAACUUAGUUAAAUAAAAUAAAAAAAAUAUCUGCUAAAUAUAUAUCAAACUAAAGCAAAUUAAAAGUAUUAUUGAAAAUCACCGAUAAUUAUAGUUGAAAUAUUAAAUAAAAUAAUAUAAAAAAAAAUAUGUUUAUUGAAAAAAUGUGAAUAUAUAAAACAUAGAAGAAAAAAAUACGCCAAGCCAAAAUUAUACCGUACACUUUUCAUGCGUCCAAUGUUAAAGCAAGAGAAAUGUUUAGAAACAUUGACGCAGCAAAAUCAACAAAUUAUAGCAACUCAAAGCACAAAGCGGCCCAGCGAUGAUGUUGCCCCGGCAGAGGCUGCAGUUUUCGACAAGAAACAUAAUUAUUUCGCAGAAAUUCUCACUGUAAGCGAAUUAACGGCUUGUAAUUGCGAAGCACACACAGCCUGGCAACAUGUUGCCGCCAACAGAGAAAAUCAACAGCGCAAACAGCAAGGCAAUACGGGUGAUAACAACUUGCCCACUGAUAUUGGGAUAACAGCUAAAUGUGCGCUAAAUGCUGCUAGCAAGCAACCAAACACCGCACCAAAUGUUUCCAGCAACAUAACUAAUCCGAAAACAUUGCUCUCGCAACAAAGCGAGCCAAAUGUUGUGUGCGGAAAAAAUCUCAAUAUCGUUAAUCAAAGUAAUAGCAAGCAUUUAACACCGUUUGCACAGGGCAAACAGUGCAGUAAAUUGUUUAGCAACAUGUUGCAGCAACAUUCCCCAUUGACACUUUCGGAGCAGAAGCCGAAAAUUCACACAAAUUAUGCGCGCAGUCUUGUUGAGGAGCAAUGUGCGAUGAUUUCUUUAGCGGCAACAAAUGCUAAAAUAUGCCAAAAUACUACAACAACAACAGCAGCAACAGCUAAAACAAAAACUGCAAACGUUAUUGAACUAUUUAAGGCCUCUCCGCCUACGCCAGUACAGCCGUCGCUAAAUCAAAAAAACAAAGAAAAGACGAUAGAUUUCAAUAGUAGACGGCGCCGCGGUCGUCUAAGGCCCCCACCAGCACCACCAUCACCACCGCCUUCAACAUCGCCGAAACACGAACGCAUUACCGGCGGUGUGGGCUUUCAUAGUGAUGACUACUGUCUGGGUCGUGGCGUGACAGCCACAGUGUGUCGUGCAUUAAUGUGGUUGGCGAGUUACUUGGAAAAAGUGGCCUAUAAUCGUACUAAUGCCGGCUAUGAUCAAAGUGAUCCCUUGCUAUACUUGUUAUCGGUGUUGUUAUCGUUAAUCGUAGUUAAUGUAAAUAGAGUUGCAAUUGUAGUGAAUGAAUUUAAGAAUGAAGUGAAUAAAAAUGCAAUAAAAAACACCAGCAAAAUAAAUAAAAUCACCACCAACACAACCCUCACGACCGCAAGCACCAACAUAACCAACAGAGAAACCAGCGAAAUUAAUAAAAAUCGCAGUGUUAUUAAAAGUGUUGCAAAGCGUGAGGAAAAUUUUGUUCCAGUUGGUCAACAGUUGCGGUGCGUGUGUGAGAGUGCCGCGUGCGACGCUGAGCGUCAAGAAGCAGUUAAAGCGAAAAACAAUAACAAUUUAUACGCACAAAAUAACAUUAUAACACCGGCUGCUACUGCUGCUGCAGCUGCUGCUGCUGCUGAGGUCCAGUCCAACUAUGAGCCCAACACCAUAAUGACCGCAACACCAAUAAAUUCGUCUGACGAGCCGUCGCUGCCUGCUGUUGGUGCUGCCAGUGGCAUAGCGGUCACACCACAACAAGCCGCUAACACCGGCAACACCAACAACACCACCACCACAACCAUCAUAACCACAAUAACGACGAACAUUACUCCAACGACUACGACUAUUAAUAACCGCAAAACAUUUGCGUCCAUUCCGUGGCGUUGCCGCCAAAUGCACUUACUCUUCUUCUAUGCCUUCAUAUUGUGUACAUCCAUAUUGCUUCCAUGCGGCAAUAAUUUGGUAGCCGCCGCUAAACCCAAGUCUGCUACACAAUUGCAGCAACAGAAACAGUUGCUAUUGCAACAACAACAACAGCAACAGCAACAACAACAAUAUGAGCAACAUGUACAUGGCCAACAUGGCCACCAAGCUCAUCAACCAGCUGCCGGUCCAAAUGGUGGCUUUGGCACACACGGCGGCUAUGCAGGCCUCGGCAUACCCGUCGCUGCUGGCGGUCCCGGUGCCGAUUUGACACCACCAACCUAUCAGGUUGUUUCAUCGCAAACAUCGAACGAAGAGGCGGAAUUCAUAUUCCCCUCAGAUCAAUCGGACGAACAAAUAUUCGAUCAAGAGGAACAAAAUUUGAAUGUUGUCGAAAUGGAUGAGGACGACGAUGAUGAGGCGGAGGACAGGCAGGGUAGAGCGUAUGAUGUGCAUAACAACGGUAAGUAAAUGAAACAAAAUUCAAAUAUUAAAAUUUUUUGGUUAAUCGAAUUUUCACUAAAAGCUAAAAACUAUUAAGUGAAAUUUAUAGCAGAAAAGAUAAACGCGGAGAAAUUAAUUUCAGAGAUAAUCCAAACUCUUCUCUUGGUGGUCCAAAUAGAUUUAGGACGAAUAAUCUUUUCAAAUGAUAAUGAUUUAAAACAAAAUAUUUAGUUUGUACAG